AGUGCACGGGGCAUGAAUGUGAGUGCCUUUCUCUUAUUUGCCUCCGUGUGCAUCUCUGCGUGCACCCUCCCCCUGCCUCAGUUAUGUUAUCCCCCAGAGUUGGAAGCUGCUGCCUGAGCUGACGCUUUGAUGGUAUCUGCGAGCGUUUGUACUGAUCUUUAUUUCUGCCCCCUGAAUACUAAUUCUCGAAGCUGGUAGCAAUACAUCUCCCCAGUGACGGGACCUACUAGAGGCAGGUGGGGGGAGCCACCAUCAAAUCAUCAGCAUAAUAAUAAUACAAAGGGGGAGGGAUUCUUCUGCAACCUAGAGGCAAGAGGCAAGAGGGGAAAAAAAGGAUGAGUUCGCCAAAUACACGGAGCGGUGGAAGCUCAGUCUACUGGACUCCUGUGUUCUCACAGAAAAUGACGGUGUGGAUUCUGCUCCUGCUAUCGCUGUACCCGGGGUUCACUAGCCAAAAAUCAGAUGAUGACUAUGAAGAUUAUGCUUCUAAUAAAACGUGGGUCUUGACUCCAAAAGUUCCUGAGGGUGAUGUCACUGUGAUCUUAAACAACCUGCUGGAAGGAUACGACAAUAAACUUCGACCUGAUAUAGGAGUGAAACCAACAUUAAUUCACACAGACAUGUAUGUGAAUAGCAUUGGUCCAGUGAAUGCCAUCAAUAUGGAAUAUACAAUUGAUAUUUUUUUUGCCCAAACAUGGUAUGACAGACGUUUGAAAUUUAACAGCACCAUUAAAGUUCUCCGGCUGAAUAGCAAUAUGGUUGGGAAAAUCUGGAUUCCAGACACUUUCUUCAGAAACUCCAAAAAGGCUGAUGCCCACUGGAUAACCACUCCCAACAGGAUGCUGAGAAUUUGGAAUGAUGGCCGAGUGCUCUACACUCUAAGGCUGACAAUUGAUGCUGAGUGCCAGUUGCAGUUGCACAACUUCCCAAUGGAUGAACAUUCCUGUCCCCUGGAGUUCUCCAGUUAUGGCUAUCCACGUGAAGAAAUUGUCUAUCAGUGGAAGCGCAGUUCUGUGGAAGUGGGCGAUACAAGAUCUUGGAGGCUCUAUCAGUUUUCAUUUGUUGGACUGAGGAACACAACUGAAGUAGUGAAGACGACUUCGGGUGACUACGUGGUCAUGUCUGUCUACUUUGAUCUCAGCAGAAGAAUGGGUUACUUCACCAUCCAGACCUAUAUCCCCUGCACCCUCAUCGUUGUUCUCUCCUGGGUGUCUUUCUGGAUCAAUAAGGAUGCUGUUCCAGCUAGAACUUCUUUAGGAAUCACCACUGUCCUGACCAUGACCACCCUCAGCACCAUUGCCCGGAAAUCUCUGCCCAAGGUCUCCUAUGUCACAGCCAUGGAUCUCUUUGUAUCUGUCUGCUUCAUCUUUGUCUUCUCUGCUCUGGUGGAGUAUGGCACCCUGCAUUAUUUUGUCAGUAAUCGGAAACCAAGCAAGGACAAAGACAAAAAGAAGAAAAAUCCUCUUCUUCGGAUGUUUUCCUUCAAGGCCCCUACCAUUGAUAUCCGCCCCCGAUCAGCAACCAUCCAAAUGAACAAUGCCACACACCUUCAAGAGAGGGAUGAAGAAUACGGGUACGAGUGUCUGGACGGCAAGGACUGUGCCAGUUUCUUCUGUUGUUUUGAAGAUUGCCGAACAGGAGCCUGGAGACACGGGAGGAUACAUAUUCGCAUUGCCAAAAUGGACUCUUACGCUAGAAUCUUCUUUCCUACCGCCUUCUGCUUGUUCAAUCUGGUUUACUGGGUCUCCUAUCUUUACCUGUGAAGAGGUAUGGUUUUAUUGAUAGGGGUCUUAUGCACUGAAUCUCAUGGAAAGAAAAUGUCCUUUCUAAGUCCACUGAAAUAAUCCCGUACGUAGUCAUCGAUGAUAUGAAUUUGUCUCUCUGUCCUGACCUGGUAAAAUGUAUAGUGUCAUACUGUCUGUGCCCAGCUCUCCUUUGAUAACUGUAAUUUGAAGUUCAGUGUGUGCUGUCUUUCAAACCUUCAAGGCAAAGUAAAGUUAGAGCAAGAACUGUUAGAAGGAUCAAGAUUAUUUUGAGCUUCAGCAACUGAAAGAGUGGAAACCUCAUUUAUUUAUAUUGGUGGUGGCUGUCCUUGACUCAUUUAUACAGUUCACUGUAAACCGUAUAAAGCUGUGUCCUACAUUCAGAUGAGGUUAAGUUGUAGUAAAUUGGAACAAAAUAGAAUACCUCCCUCAUUUGUGAAGAAUCACAACUCACUUUCAAUAGAAAAGCCUAGACUAGAAAUCUAUUAUACCUUUAUCCCAAGGUAGGAAGAAAAUUUCCUGCACAUCAUAUGUACAAUGCUGUAAAUAUUUCAGUAAUAUAGACUGCUUCAAGUUUAAUGCAUGCAUCUCUUUAGAGCCAAAAUAAAUGGAUUAGAGUUAUCAUCACAUAGUACUGUCUUUUAUUUUGUGUCUUUGGGGGUAUAAGAGUACAUGAAUGUAAUUACAAGGAUUGGUGCCUGAAAUUGGAGGAAGGGAUUAAUUGCAUUCUUCUUCAUGCAUGAAGAUUCAGUUUUUUUAAUUAGGUUUUUCUUGUAAGACAUAUUAAAACAAAAUUUAGGCUGAAUAAUUGGCAUUUGUCAGCUUUAAUAUGCCCGAUUUCAUAACUAGAGUCUAAAGUAAUUGUAUGUGCUUGCUGUUGUACUGCCUUCCGUUUAGGAUGAGAGUUCUUAACAGAAUUGACUCUCCAUCUCAAGAUCUGCUUCUAGUGGUGUGAGUGCCUUGUGGGCAUAAUCCUUGUCAACAUCUUGCAUUGUGCCUGGUACAUAGUCAGUGCUUAAUAAACAUGGUUUGAGGCCAGUCACCUUCUUGUGGUCUGGUGAAUCUCUCUGCUAUGACAGGGAAGAAGUGAUUCAUCUUUUCACAUUGGUGUAGUCAAGUGAUGGCUGAUUCUACAGAAACAACCAGAGGAUCUGAAGAGUUGUAGCUAUUGUGUUCAUCUUCAAUAAUUUGAUUUUGGGAAAAUCUGUAUUCCUUUUUAAAAGUAGCAUCUAUGUCCUAUGUGUAUGGGUAUGGAAUUGAUGACUUGAGCAUAGAGUUUCUUAAUUAUUUUUUCGGAUUUAGUUAUGAGUCAGUUUGACCCAUCAAAAACUCUUCUUGUGAACUUAUGACAGUAUGAGCAAGAUUCAUACAUGACUGGUAUACAGCAGGUUGUAUUCUAUAUUUGGAAAAAAAAUGUACUGAAGGUUAAAUUAAAAUCAAAAUCUGAGAAAGAAUACAUAAGUGAUUUACGUAGAGGUUGCUGAGCUCUGACUGCAGGCUCAUUGUGCUCUGUCUUAAUCAGAUGACUUCAGACAUGAUGAGCUGAACCUUAUCUUUAUGUGAUCAUCCUGAAUCUUUAUUUUUCUAAAAUAGUAUUCUUUUGCCAUUUUUUCUUCUUUAAGGCAACCAUUGCUUAAGUCAAAAUUAAACUAUAAUUAGUGUAACUCUAUAGAUAAUAAAAAAAAACAAUAAAAGAGAGUGACUUUUAAAAAAAUCAAACCACGUAAAAUUGUCGUUAAUUCAUCUGGAGGAACCUUGAAAACAUUCAGCUUCCAGCUUUACAGACCUUUAAUAUCCCAGUGCUUUAGUAUUUAACCUCAGACAAAUGUAAAUAGAAUGAAUUAUUUUCUUGUUUUAAGUUGUCAAAACAGUCAAUGUUGACUCUUUUGGAGAGUUGUUGGCAAAUUUUAAUGAUAAGAAACAUGAUAUUAUUGUCAAUUUAAAUAUGUUCUGUAAUAGGGACACUAAAAAAGCUAGCUUUCCAGUGUGUGCAUAGUAUUGGCAGCAUAAAUAUAUAUUAUAUAUCAUAUAAUUCUUAAUUAUUACCUGCUCCCUCUCUAUGUACUUGUGAACCUUUUCACAAGAGAGUUACCUAACGUGUGGACUUUUACAAUAAAAAUGCUGCAUUCUAA